GAAUGUGGCAUCCAUAUGAUUUAUGUUUAUGAGACAAUUAUUAUUUGAAAAGAAAAUUGAUAAGUGUUAUAUAUCACAUUAGAAUUAUUAUCGAGAGAGAUAACAGCAUAGUUUUCUUUAUAGAUAAUUAUUUUGCUUUCCUGGGACUAGUUUAUAAAUAUUUUAUUUAUAACGAUGAGUUCUAAAGUAAAGAAAAUUUGUCCCUUUAUGGAGAAAUGUUAUCGGAAGAAUCCAAUUCACUUUAGCGAAAUGGCACAUCCUCAUUUGGAAAAGUUACUGGUACAUCAACUUGAUGACACAAUAGAAAUACCAGAGAUUCUCCAUUUUGUAUGUGAUGAUCGUUCACAAUUAUUGGAUCAAUUAAAAGUAUUGCAAAUGGUACUUCGAAAGGAAAGAGACAAGAUCUCUAAUAUCAUACCUUGUAUGAGUAAUCUAUCUUCUGAAGUACAAUCUUCGUCUACUGCUACAGCAGAUAUUAAAGAAGAUUUGAAAGAAAAAGUAGAGAGACACAAGAAAGCAAUGAUAGAGAACAGGCAAGAAAAACUCAGACAGAUGGAUGUGGCAGCACAUGCUUUAGUGCCUAUUACUACUUUAAUUAAUACAGACUGUGAGAAUUCAGAAGACACCAGGGCAAAAAAAAGAAGUCGGGAAGUAUCUACAGCUGCUUCUGUAAUAAAAAAGAUGAAACAGAUGAGCAUAGAGAACAGCAAUCAUGCUAAAGAUAAUAAGAAGAAUAUCAGUGAUCCUCAAAGUAGUUCUACAAGUAAAGAACGAAGUACCAAUUCUGAAAGAGGAACAUCUAUCAUGGAUAUGUAUGAAGCUUGUGAUUCUGAAAAAACCAGAAAGGAAGUUAGAAAGAAAGCUAUUCAGAUGAUGAGACGAUCUGGGUAUACGGUAUCUGUUGUAGAACCAGGAGAGUUUGCAUUAAAAUAUGCCUUUUCAGCACCUUAUCAUAUAUUUUUUACAAGAAUUGAAAAAUCUAAGGAGACUUACAAUCAACAAUUCUCCAUAACUUUCCCUGAAAUCCUUGACAGAAGUCUUGGAGAGAUUGUUAACAGUCUUCAUUUAAAUUUUAUGGUAGAUGUUGGAUGGUUAUGUUUGCAGUAUCUAUUAGCUGGUCAACGUACUGAUAUGAUGAUUUUCUAUGGUGAUAGAGUAGACCAUGAGAAAUUAGGCUCCAACAUUACUAUGAUACAAGUAGAUAUGCCUACUCUAUUUGGUUGUCAUCACUCUAAAGUCAUGAUAUUUCAAUACAAAGAUGAUGCAAUCAGAGUGGUAAUUUCCACUGCUAAUUUGUAUUCUAAUGACUGGGAGAAUCGGACACAAGGGCUUUGGAUUUCGCCUCACUUACCUCUGCUUCCGGAAUCUGCAAAUCUCAGUGAUGGAGAAUCCCCAACGGGUUUUAAAAAGGAUCUUGAACGAUAUCUAAAUAAAUAUAGACAUCCGGCUUUAACACAAUGGAUAUGGGCCGUACGAAGGGCAGAUUUUUCUGCAGUAAAUGUAUUUCUCGUGGCUUCUGUUCCUGGAACUCAUAAAGAUGUCGAGAUCGAUUCUUGGGGACACAGGAAAUUGGCAUAUGUCUUAUCGCAUCAUGCUACAUUACCGCCUGAUGCUCCUCAAUGGCCUAUAAUCGCACAAAGUUCCAGUCUAGGUAGCCUUGGUCCAAACUUUGAAAGCUGGUUGUCAAAAGAAAUAAUUCCGUGUAUGUCAAGGGAGACUACUAAGGGCUUAAAGAGCCUUCCAAACUUUCAAUUUAUUUAUCCAACGAUAAAGAAUUAUAAGCACAGCUUCGAUUUUCGAAAUUUGUCUUGCUGUUUGCCCUAUAGCAUGCAAGUUCAUUCUAAACAACAGUGGAUAGAAUCAUAUUUGUACCAAUGGAGAGCUAAACGAACAGGACGAGACCGCGCAAUGCCUCAUAUUAAAUCCUAUACGAGAAUUUCGCCCGAUUUGAAAAGUAUUCCAUGGUUCGUGCUCACAAGUGCGAAUCUGAGCAAAGCCGCAUGGGGAGUCCAACGAAACAAUCAUUAUAUAACAAGCUAUGAGGCCGGUGUUAUAUUUAUACCAAAGUUUAUUACGGGGACAACGACGUUUCCCAUUGAAGACGAAGAAGACCCAGCCGUUCCGGUAUUUCCGAUUCCAUAUGAUCUUCCGUUAUGUCGAUACGAUUCUAGCGAUAGUCCUUUUGUCAGCGAAUUUUUCAAUACUCUGGAUAGAACGUAAUAUUUCGGAUGAUGAAAGCAGUACUUUUUUACUUCUUUUUAAAUAAUGGAAUAUUUUUAAAUUAUAAAAAGAAAGAUUCACUCAUUAAUAAUGGCAUACAUAUUUAUAUUUGUUUACAUAUAUUUAUUCACAUAAAAUUAUGGAAUAAUAAACGUUUUUAUUCUUUUCCCGAGCAAAAGCAUAUUUCUUUCAAAAACAUGUAGUGAUUAUUAAUUUAUGACUUUUGCGUUGGAAUUUUUUCAUCUCGUAUUUUCUCAACUUAACGUUAAUUUCCGAUCAUUAAUUCUCUGAUGUCUAGUAUCAUUAUCUAUAAUAAAUCAUAAAUCAAUCGUAAGAGAGAUGAUUAUGCACAAGGAGACAAAGCAAAAAAAAAAUGACAGGCUGAAAUAUUAGGAUGAAUUCUCACGUGGUGCAUGACUUUUUUGUCCGCCUUGAUUUCGCCGCGAAUUCAUGCCAGCGUCGCAUCAGAACGCGCUUUCCAUAAAACAUCAGCAUGAAAGCGCUUCCUCGAUACGAGGGCCGAAAUGUCUUUCCUCGUGGUAUUAGUGCUGUCUGUCCUGUACAUGCUCAGCCUUCAAACGGCUGUUAAUCAUACCGCAAUAUUCUCGUAUAAGUACGCGGCAAUUAUGUGUUCCGCACGCUGGGCAACACAUCUCGUCGCGAGAAACAAAUAUGAUUCAUGGAAAUAUUUCUUAUAAACAAAUCCAUUUCUGCGAUUAUGUGGCUUGUAAUAAUGCAUUAGCAAUAACGCAAACAUGAUGUACAGAUCUCUCUUUCUGAAGCGUCUUCAUUAAUAAUUCGUUAAUUACUCUUAAAACAGAUAAAGGAAACAGAUAUUUGACUUUUUCUAUUAUAUCUAUAUUUCGAUGUGUCAACAUUGUUCAUUUUCAUACCUUAUCUCGGCAUGCACGCUCUUAUCUUUUGUUAUAUUACAUCGCAUUUACAAUUAUGAAGGAAUGUAAACAUCACUUCCUUCAGUAAAUACUAAGCGAUUGUACUAAGCGAUUUUGCAAAGUCUCGCAUUUUUAUCGAUAUUGCUUUGUAAUAAUCUUGUUACACCUCGUUACACACUGAAUUUGCCAAGAUUAUAGAUUGAAGUGGCGUUAUUAUUGACAAAACUUAUGCUAAUAAAAUUCAAUAAUUUUUAUUAUGCCUAAAA